CUUCACAUUUUAUCUCCUUCCAUUUAUCAACAUAUCAAUUUCGUUCAAGGACUUUAUAGCUACACACAAAACUAACAAAAAGAAAACGGUCAAAAACAUAAUAAUGACAGCAGGAGAAAAAGUGGUGGAAGAGAAGUACGAACUGAAUGUUCCGGCAACCUACAACGAGCAUGCAGAGAUUGAAAAAAAAGAAUAUGAAUUUGAGACAUCAGAAAAGCAUAGCAUCGUAGACAGCCGAUCACAAUCGCAUCCUGUCAUAGAAGAAUUUCAUUUCACAUGGCGUGCAACUAUCGUUGGUUCGUUACUUGGAUGUUUAGUUGCUGCAUCAAACACAUAUCUUGGUUUAAAGAUUGGUUGGACAUUUGGUGCCUCUCUCUUUGGUGCCAUUUUCUCUUUCGCCGCCCUCAAACCAUUGUCUAGAGUCCUCCCUCCCAAGUGGGGUGGUGGCUACUUUGGUGCUGCCGAAAACUGCUCUGCUCAAUCAGCAGCAACGACUGCUGGCGGUCUUUCUGCUGGUUUUGUAUCUGGUAUUCCUGCUAUGUACAAACUAGGCUUGAUGAAAACACCUCGUGAAGAUGCUGUCGCUCUUUUGCUCUUCACUAUAUCUUGUGCUUUCUAUGGUCUUUUCUUCUCUGUCCCCCUUCGUAGUCACUUUGUCGUUAAACAAGAUUUAACUUUUCCUACUCCCCGUGCUGCCGCUAUUACCAUCCUUUCUCUUCACGAAUCUAUCGAAGGUGAAAAGAACGCAAUGAAGAAAGCGAAAUGGAUGGGUGUUUUCUUUAUGCUUACCUUUCUUUGGACUUUGAUCUCUUACUGGUUACCCUUCUUGGACUCACUUCAUAUUCUUUACUACAUUGGUAGUGCUGCCAAUUAUGCCCCAAUGAUGAGCGCUGAUGCUGUUUGGGGCUGGUAUUUCCGCUUUGAUUUCCCCUUCUUUGGUGCAGGUCUUAUGACACCUGGCAAUACAGUCUUUUCCUUCUUCAUCAGUUCCGUUAUUGUCUACGGUAUUAUUGGUCCUUGUUUAGUGGCGAAUGGUACCUUUGUUGCUCCCAUGGGUUUCAAAGCCGCUGGUGACACCACCAACCGUUUCUUUUUGUGGCCCGGUAUUGCACUCAUGGCGCUCUCUGCUUUCACCGAACUCUUCAUUCAUUACGAUUCAUUAUGGCGUGGUAUCAAGGGUGGCGUCGUUGAGCUUCGACUGGCCUUCAUGCGUGGUGUCAACUUUUUCCGACGUGUUGUGCUCCGUACCACUUUGACUGACGAACAGAACAAUCGAUACAACUCUGAAAGGGACGAAGAUGAAAUCUUUACUGAAGACCAAUUGAUCCCUGCAUGGUGGUGGGUUGGCGGUACUGUUCUUUCUGUCAUCUUUACUUGUGCUAUUAUGGGUGAAUACUUUGGCAUGCCCGUCUAUCAGUCAUUGAUUGCAGUUAUUUUGGGUUUCCUCUUGUCUUUUGUCGGUAUUCAAGCCUCUGGUGAGACAGAUAUUAAUCCCACAGGUUCUAUUGGUAAAAUGUCUCAAUUGGUAUUUGCCAAAAUGCCUGCUCAUAGCCUUGAACAAGUCAUGAAGAAUAACUUGCAAGCUGGUAAUGUGUCUGCUUCUGCCGCAUCUCAAGCUGUUGACAUGGUAGGUGAUCUGAAGACUGGCCAACUGGUGGGUGCCUCUCCCCGUUCUCAAUUCUUGGCUCAAUUCGUUGCUUCUUUCUUCGCGAUUGGUAUGGCUGUGGGUCUUUUCAUUAUCUUUGCUGAUGCUUAUCCUUGUAUUAUUGAUCCCAACAUUGAAGCCCAAGACUGUGUAUUCGGUUUGGUUGCUGUUGUCGCCUGGCAAAAUGUCACCUUGUUGCUAACAGGCGGUGGCGAUCCUUUGAGCAGAGGCAGUGUUAUUGCUACUGUGGUUUGUGCAGUUGCUGCAGUUGUCAUUCCUCUUGUUCGUCAUUUCUUCAUCCCUAAAAAGUACCAUCGUUAUUUCCCCUCUAUCAGUGCUAUCGGUAUUGCCAUGAUUAACACAUCACCUGAAGUUCCUCUUUCCAUGUUUAUCGGUUGGGUUGCUGGUAAGAUUUGGAAGCGAAUCGAUUCUGCCGCCUAUGAUGAUUUGAUGUAUAGUGUCUCUGGUGGUCUAAUUGCUGGUCAAGGUAUUUCUGCUUUAAUCCAAGCUGUAUUCAAGAUUGUUGGUGUGAGUGGUAACGCGGUUGUUGCCACUUGUAUUGGACAAGUUGCUGAAAACUGCCCUUAAAAAUACCAAACCUCCCCUUUCCUGUAGUCUAAUAUCUUUUUAAUUUUUAUUUAUUUCAUCGAUUAUUAUCGUCAUCAUCUUGAUGAGACAUUUCGAACACUUAUAUACAUACUAUCUUUCCUAUACUGGCAAAUAACUCUCCGCACUAUCACGUAAUACUUCUUAUAC